AUGUUUCGUGAAUGCAUCUCAUGUCUUCGUGAUCUGGAUUUCUUUUUUCAUGUGAAGGGAAAAUUGCUUCUGAUGUCGUAUUCUCGACGAUCAAGGUACUCCAGUUCCCCUUCACCUUAUAGGCGGUAUAGUAGGUCUCUUUCCAGGUCUCGGUCAAGGAGCAGGUCAAGGAGCUGUGAUUCUAGCGAUGUGGACAAUCCUGGAAAUAACUUGUAUGUGACGGGACUUUCUACUCGGGUAACAAAGAGAGAUCUUGAGAAGCACUUUUCAACUGAGGGAAAGGUGGAAGAUGUUCACCUUGUUGUUGAUCCAUGGACAAGGGAAUCUCGUGGGUUUGGUUUUGUAACUAUGUCAACUUUGGAAGAAGCCAAUCGCUGCAUCAAGUACUUGGACCGUACAGUGCUUGAGGGUAGGGUUAUUACCGUGGAGAAGGCUAGAAGACGUAGGGGCCGAACACCCACUCCCGGAAGGUACCUCGGGCUGAGAACAGUUCGUGGGCGCCGUUAUUCUCGUAGCUACUCGCCUCGCUCGAGAAGCAUCUCACCUCGUUACUCGUCCAGGAGCCGCAGCCGCAGCAGAUCCUACUCUCCUUACUACACCCGCCACCGUCGAUCUUAUUCUCCAGUCGACAGCCGCGGGCGAUCUUAUUCCCGAUCUCGAUCUCGAUCUCGAUCAUACAGCGGGUCCCCAGUGAGAAGGCGAUACUACUACUAUGAUUCACCCGAGAGGAGGUACCGCCGGAGAAGGGAGGACUACUCGCCGGACGACCGGAGCUAUAGGAGGAGCUGCUACCGGAGUGUGACCCCGCCAAGAUACAGGUGGCGGCGGUCGAGGAGGAGCUACUCGCGCAGCGGCUCGUCCGGACGGUCGAGAAGCAGGAGCUACUCGUCUCCUCCGAGAAGGGACCACUCGAGGAGCGUGUCUCCAUAUGUGAGGAGAGAUGGGUCCCGUGGGUCGACCCGUAAGAGGAGUGGGUCCCGCGGGCUGUCGCGUGAUGGGAGGUCGUCGAGGAGCCACUCGAGGAGUCCGAGCGCAUCGUCUUCGUCUAGGUCGACGUAGGCCGGCAGGUAUUCCUCUCCUUAAUGCAAGUUGUGGCUAUCAAGGACUCGAGUGUGU